GGCUGGGCCUUUUGUCGUCUGUUUGACCUGUGUUUUCUUUGCGGAAAGAGUGUGUGGCUACCAUUAGAGCAGCCUUCCCGCAAGCAACAGCCAAUAUCCAAGUUCAUAACACUGUUUCUUGCUUUUCCUAACCAGUUUCCCUCUCUUACUUUUCCUUCUUCCUUCUUCAUUUUCCCAAACCAGAAUUGCUCUAACAUGGCUCUAUCUCUGAGUCCAUGUCUUCCUCACACCACUUAUCUAACUAAGCCGCCUCUUUCCACCUCAAAACUGACAACAGCAAGCAUAAUCUGGAACUACCCAUCAGUUGGUUUCAGACCAGUAAACCUGAGAAACAACCACACAAGGUGCCAUGCAGUGACUGAUUUGAGGAGUGCACCUCCUGUUGAUCAGGGCAAAGGGGAAGGUGAUGAUGAUCAUAAGGUUCUCGUGGGUCCAUCAGGCGAAGAGGAAACCAGAGGGGAUAGGAUCGUGGCAGACUAUGACUGGACAGAGGAGUGGUACCCACUUUACCUCACCAAGGAUGUUCCGGAUGAUGCUCCCCUUGGUCUCACUGUGUUUGAUCAGCAGCUCGUCUUGUACAAAGAUGGCAGUGGAGUUCUUCACUGUUAUCAAGAUCGAUGCCCCCACAGGUUAGCCAAGCUAUCUGAAGGUCAGUUGGUCGAUGGAAGACUUGAAUGCCUGUACCAUGGUUGGCAAUUUGAAGGCAGUGGACAAUGUGUCAAGAUACCGCAGCUUCCAUCUGAUGCCAAAAUCCCUAGGGCUGCUUGCCUCAAAACAUACGAGUUGAAAGAGUCCCAAGGAGUUGUAUGGGUAUGGAUGUCGCACAAGACACCACCAAAACCUGAAAAACUACCAUGGUUUGAGAAUUUUGCCAGACCAGGGUUUCAAGACACUUCAACCAUCCAUGAGCUUCCCUAUGAUCACUCCAUUCUCCUCGAGAACCUCAUGGAUCCUGCACAUAUCCCAAUCUCUCAUGAUAGGACUGAUUGGACUGCAAAACGGGAAGAUGCUCAGCCACUGCUUUUCAAGGUAACAGAACGUACCGAUAGGGGAUUUGCCGGCCGGUGGGGUAAAGAAAAAGAUGGAUCCAUGCCCAACUUCUUACGAUUUGAUGCACCAUGUGUGCUUCAGAAUAACAGAGAACUUGUUGAUAAAGAUGGAGAGAAACACUAUUUCACAGGUCUCUUCCUUUGUAGGCCCACUGGACAAGGAAAAUCUAUGCUUAUUGUUAGGUUUGGAGGAACAAAAAGAUCUCCAUUAGCAAAGCUUUUCCCCGAAUGGUAUUUCCAUCAGAAUGCAAGCAAGGUUUUCGAGCAAGAUAUGGGAUUUCUUUCAUCCCAGAAUGAGGUAUUGAUAAAGGAAAAGGUUCCUACAAAAGAGUUGUACCUUAAUUUAAGGUCCUCAGAUACAUGGGUUGCUGAAUACAGGAAGUGGAUGGAUAAAGUUGGGCAUGGAAUGCCUUACCAUUUUGGCCACAGCACCAUUUCUCCACCCAAAGUACCCGCUGUAGUAGAACAUGCACCGGCCGGACUCAUUGCUGGAGUUUCAGCAUCUUUGCCAGCAAAAGGUGGGAUCUCAACAAUGCAUGCUCCGAAUUUGGCCAAUCGAUAUUUUCGCCAUUUAAUCCAUUGCAAGGGCUGCAGCAAUGUAGUCAAAGCUUUUACGGCUUGGAAAAAUGGCCUUAGUGCAGCUGCCUUAGUGUUCACUGCUUUGGCAAUUCUAGCAUCCAGCAGACAAUGGAAGACAUUUCUCCUAGUAUCUGCAACGUUGUGCUUGGGUGGAGUCUAUGCAUGCUCGACUGCCAUUGCAAUGAACACAACAAACUUCAUUAGAGUACACCGGAGACUCUGAUUUCAGAACUGGCAAACAGUAUCUCAUAUGAUUAUAAAAGUCACAUCCUUUUAUUUCCGAUACAAAGUUGCAUACGUCCAUAUGUACUUAUAAGAUGUAGAUGUUGAUUUAUUGAGAUUGCCUUUCGUUCUUCCACAA